GUCUAACUGCUACUGAAUGGCGCAAGGUCGGGAGAUUCUAAGUUACGUUAUCGUUUUAAUGAUUCAAAUAUUUUCUAAAUAUUGUUAAGACAAGGGUAUAAUUACAGGAAAAGUUAUAAAUUAUUUAAUUUGCUAAAAUGGUUGUUGGUGCAUUUCCGAUUGCUAAAUUAUCAGUAUUAUUAGUUAAACAGAUCAGUAAGCCCAUCGCUAACAUUUGUAAAGAAAGGGCCAAAAAUAGUCCAUUUUUUAGAACCUACGUAUGUAUGCCGCCAGCACAAUUCUACAACUGGUGUGAAGUAAAAGCGAAAAUGUGGAUUUUAAAUUUAGGAAAACCUGUGAAUAUUCCUGUUUUAAGUCAAGAAAUGGCUAUUGAACUGGGAGCUAAUCUCCUUGGUGAAACAGUAAUAUUUGUUAUUGGAGCUGGACUGCUUGUGAUAGAAUAUAAUAGGCAGAGUAAAAAGGAAGCUGCCAAAGAAGCAAAAAGAGAAGAUGAAAUGAAGCACAUUACCGGAACAAUAACAGACUUGUAUUUCACAGUUCAACAACAACAGACACAAUUGAGAGAAAUGGAAAGGAUAAUAAAUUCACUAGAUGGUACUAAACUGAAAACACCACCAACAUCACCACCCAAUGGGCCAGCACUGCCAGCAUCACCAUUGCCCCCUCCUAAACCUCAGAACAUCAGUCAUAUUGUAGAUUACAACGUACAUAUAUCGCCUGCACCUUACCCUAAUGAAGGUGUCAUACUUCAAUCUCUAAAUUACAUCCAAAUGGAUGUUUUUAGUUCUUUUUUUAGCAAUUCAAAUGGAAAUGAAAGCACUCAAAGAAUUGAAAAACCAAAAACCCAACAUAAACGAGAACCAGCUUUGCUCUCGGAAGCAUUACAUAACAUAGAACAUAAUUUUAGAAGUUUAUUCUAAGUAAACCAAAUAAUUGUUUGUAUAUUUAAACAUGUUUUAAAUUGUAGUAAACUUAUUUAUUUGUUAAAAUUUAAGGAGAGAUGUUUUUAAGAAUUUAUUUGUCAUGAAUAUGGAUUGUUCUAUUUGUAAUAUAAGUUAUAUGUGAUAUACGAAUGUAAAACCAUUGUUAGUCCUAUAAAUAUAUCAUUAUGAUAUAUAUUAAAAAUCUUCAAUUCAUGAGUACCUCACAUUACUUCGAUGUAAAUGCGCAUAUUUGUAAAGUAUAUUGUAGGUGAUCUUAAAAGCUUAGUAGUGUGAAGACAGAAUAAAACAAAAUGUAGAACA